AUGGACACCCGGAGCUUUGUGGACUGCCAAUUCUUCCUGCGAGGAUCCUGCGGCAAAGGCAGCUUGUGCCCUUUCAGACAUGACCCGUCCAAGAUCACCGGCUUUCGCCAGCAGCAAGGCCAGCAGGACUGUCUCUUCUUCCUGCAGGGCCGCUGCACCAAGGGCUCGCUCUGCCCCUACCGUCACGACCCGGCCAAACUGCCACAGCAGCUUCAAGCAACAGCAGCAGUAGCUGGGGCACCUGCUCCCGCGCCAUCCCCCGUCACUGUCGACUUUGGCCCGGCUGAUGCCCCGCAGCAGCCGCAGCAGCCGGAGCCCGCAGCUCUGCCCAAGCGGCUUUCUGAGAGGGAGGCGGACACUGAUGCCGGGCGGGCGCCCCGGCGGCGAGCAGCUGGCGCGCUGGGCUACGCGCUAUCAGCACUGCAGGAUGCGCUAGGCCCAGAUGCGCAUCACGAGGCAGCUGGCAGCAAGCCCGCGGCACCAGCGGCGCAGCAGCAGGAGGCGGCUGUCCCGCCGCCUAAGAGCAUUGAUGAAAUCCGCAAGGAGAAGCGGCUGCAGCGGUUUGCACCUCUGCAGGGCACCAAGCCCGCAGCUGCAGCAGCACAGCCGGCGGCGCCCAAGGCCUCUGGCAGCGGGACCAAGAGGCAUGCCCCCAUCGUGUUCCAGCCCGAGCAGGCCGCCUCGCCGACAGCCUCGCCACCAGCGGUGUCGGCGGCCUCCAAGCAGCCACCAAAGGCUGCGGUACCAGCCGCCGCCAAGCCUGCCCCCGCGCGGCAGCCUGCCCAGCAGCAGCUGGCAGAGCAGCCCAAGGUGGCGCCCAAGCAGCCUGCGCAGCAGCAGCCGGCUGAGGAGGCGCUGGAGCUUGGCGACGACGACCUGGACUUUGAGGGAAUGGAGAGCGGGGAUGGUGGGGGCGGAGAUGGUGCGGAUGAGGACGACUUUGAGGCGCAGAUGCGGGAGCUGGAAGAGGGGCUGUGA